AUCGGAGCAGGCGGCCGCCCCGCCCGUAUUUAACCGCAGCCCCAUUGAAACCGACACCACUGGAGGAGGGGGGGGUGGUGGUCCUUCAUUCAUUGCACGGUGCAAUCUCUCCCUGUGUGUGUGUGUGUCCCUCUCCCCUUCAGCCUGCACCAUGCGUGCACAGAAGAAACCGUUCCAAAGCGCUGCGUUGUCCCGGAUCGUCCGCUUGUUGCUCUGAACCCGAUCUCCUCUCCUGCCCGAUCCCAAGUCGUCCUUCUCCUUUGUGUGAGGAAGAACCGAGCCAGCGGCGUGGAGACGUGGGACCCUGCGCUGGAGCGGGGUGCGAUGUGCUGCCUGGGGCUGGGGUACAGCGUGCUGUCAUCGGAAAGUGGGAGAAGCUGAUGUGACAGAUGCCUCCACUGGUCGACUGGCAUUUCCCUGGCACUGAAGCUGGCAUUACAGAAUCGCUGACAGACAACUGAAGACCUGGGUACACAGGGGCUCCCUGUGUAGUGAUCAUACAGGACAGCAGACUCACAGCCAGUAGCAAUGAGAAUGAGGAGCAAAUAUGCAAUUAUUCUGUUUUUUGUUGCUGCUCUUGUGAUCAUUGAGAAAGAAAAUAAUAUCAUUUCAAGGGUUUCUGACAAGUUAACAUUGAAAUUCCCGCAGGUGGAUGUUGUGGGGUUAAACAACACCAUUUCAGCCCGGGUGCUGACAGAGAAUGACUCGCUACUUGCGAGCACCAGCUCAUCUGUCCUGAACUGUGUAUUGCCACAGGCUGCCAUCAAGUGGGAAGACACACAGGAACGUUCGGGUAGGAAGCACCUGAUUCUGAUGGCGACGACGAGGACGGGUUCAUCCUUUGUGGGCGAGUUCUUCAACCAGAACAGCAACAUCUUCUACCUGUUUGAGCCCCUGUGGCACGUAGAGAGGACAGUGACCUUCGAGCCGAAGGGCGCCAAUGCGGUGGCCUCAUCCAUCGUCUACCGCGACGUGGUGCAGCAGCUGAUGCUUUGCGACAUGUAUGUGCUGGAGAACUUCCUACUGCCCAUGCCCGAUCGCCACGUCACCGCCUUCCUGUUCCGGCGCGGCUCCAGCCGCUCGCUGUGCGAGGGCCCCGUGUGCACGCCACCCAAGCGGGGCUCCAGCGAGCGCUUCCCGUGCCGCCUACGUCGCUGCGGCCUACUCAACAUGACGCUGGCGAUGCAGGCCUGCUUGCAGAAGCAGCACGUCGCCAUGAAAACGGUGCGGCUACGGCAGCUGGAGUUCCUGAGGCCGCUGGUGGAAGACUUCCGCAUUGACCUGAGGGUAAUCCAGCUGGUGCGUGACCCCCGCGCCGUGCUGGCCUCCCGCAUGGUGGCCUUCCCCAGCAAGUACGAGGCCUGGAAGAAGUGGGCCGACCAGGGGGUGGUGCCCGACGACGAGGAGCUCGGCAAACUGCGCGGCAACUGCGAGAACCUGCGAGCGUCGGCUCAGCUAGGCCUCAGUCAGCCCCCUUGGCUCAAGGACCGCUUCAUGCUGAUGCGGUAUGAGGAUGUCGCCUUGGAGCCCAUGAAGAAAGCGCACGAGAUGUACCGCUUCGCCGGCAUUCCCAUCACCUCGGAGGUGAAAAAGUGGAUCUACAUCAACACCCAGAGCUCGCCUGGCAGUGACAACCUCUACUCGACACAUAAGAACUCCUCGGAGCAGUUUGAGAAGUGGCGGCUCACCCUGCCCUUCAAGAUCGCUGAGGUGGUCCAGAAGGUGUGUGAGCCGACCAUGAAACUCUUCGGCUACAAACUGGCCAAAGACGCGGAGACCCUGGCAAACCGAUCAGCCAGCCUGCUGGAAGAGAGGAGACACUUUGGGGUGGCUUAA